UUCCAACACCGCCUUACAACCGACCUCUCCCGCCACCAUCACAACAACAACUUGGUGCUUGCGGGCCACAGAUUCAUAUUAAAAACCUAUGUCUUUACACUUACGUCUGUCAAAAUGACAUUUCCAACAAGUCACAAGACAGUAUUCGUAAUGGAUCACACUUUAACUGCUUCGUCUGGCGUGAAACUGGAGAUGGACAGCUUCAGCAAGUCCCGCAGCUCGAGCAGUACCAGCAGCAGCAGUAGCCAACAGCCUCUCUCCCAGCCCAUGAACCUCAUACCUCUCCUGCCUGUCACCAAGUCACUUUGGACUUGUGCCGUCGAGGCCAUCACGGAGUACUGCAGAAUUGUUUGGGAUAUCUUCCCUGGAUCCAGGCUGAUACGUUUUAUAGCUGUUGACAGGACUCUACACAAGCUCUCUUCAUGGAACCUUGAGGACCAGAGCCUUAUUAAUUUAAUGAAUGCAUUCAUGAUGCUUGGACCAGCAAAAAAUAUAGGAAUUGGCAAACUUGAUCUUUUAAAAGGUCUCAGAGCUGCCAUAGAAGCCCUGACAGAGCCAUCUGCUAUUCAACAUGAGAAAAGAACAUCUCUUACAGAGAAUGCAACAAAGGUUCUUAAUAAGGGAAGAAUUAUAUUGGUAACAAAAAUAGAGAGUGAAGAUGAAGUAAAAUCUCUGAAAGAAAAGUUUCAUGAUACUCUUUUACACAUGAACAAAAAUGCUGCUUCAACAGACAACUUAAUGGCCAUUAAUCAUUGUGAUCUUGUUUUACUGAAUUUGUGGCCAGAAGGCCCAGGAUGUCCAAUAGCACGUAGAUCUUGGCCAGAUCUUUCCACCAUAAUGUCAUGUGAACUCACUAAUAUUCAGGGAGGAACAGCUUUGGCACCUAAACUCUGUAACCUUGUACUGAAGCAUUAUGAUCUUGCAUCAACAACUGUAACAGGUAUACCUAUGAAAGAAGAACAAAAUGCAAGUUCAUCAGCAAAUUACGACGUGGAAUUAUUCCACCCUGCUGCUGCUCAUGCAGCCAUUCUGAAGGGAAUACCAGCAGAAACGGCUCAUUUGAAGACUUACCGUGAGGGUACAGACUAUGAGACUGUGACAUUAAAAUGGUGUACUCCCCGCAGUAAUGCCAGUAUAGAACUCCAGCAUUGCUCAUCUGCCUAUAGAAUCACAUCUGUUGAUGUUAAUAGCAGGCCCUCAUCAUGCCUUACAAAUUUUUUGCUGAAUGGACGUUGGGUAAUGCUUGAAAUGCCACGAAAGUCCGGGAGUAAGGUAAUCUCUCAUAUGCUUGCUUGCCAUGGUGGCGAUAUUUAUAUCCAUACAAUGUAUACCUCAAGAAGUAUACUGGAAGAUCCUCCAUCUAUUAGUGAAGGAUGUGGUGGCCGAGUAACUGACUAUAGAAUUCCUGAUUUUGGAGAACUUAUUAAGGCAAAUAGAUUAGCACCUUAUCCAGAAUCUACAGUAGAAAAUGAAAAUAAUACCACACCACUGGAAAAAAAUCGGGAACAGUUAGGUAGGCAUACAAAGUAUUGGCCAAUUACACUUUCCUCUACAUCUCUUUUUACUCUAGGGCCACAGAUUGAGCCACUUGCAACAUUAAUGUUAAAAGACACACUUACUGAAGAUGAAGUCAUUGAAUGUAAACAAGUGAUUCUCUGUUUGAUGAGUAUGGAGGCUCGAGGUGACCCAUUGCCAUCUCCUAUGGCUGGACAACGAGGAAAAGGCAUGAAACGGGAGGACCAGUACCGAGCAGUUUGGACAGAAUUGGAGCAAUAUUUACAACUGCACCUUCAUUCUGCUGAUCAUGAAAAAGUACUUGAAUGUUUUAUGGAAUGUCAUAACAAGGUAGAAGCCCCAGAAUAUAAAAGUGAUGACAAAGUUGACAUUGAUCAAGCUCUAAAAGAACUUGAUGACUACAAUUAUAUGACAGAAAGAGAGAAAACAGACUUUAAUAUGAGUGUUGGAACUAAACAUACAUCUACAGACUUGACUAUUCCAGACAGUAAACGUAAACGUACAGCACCACCACCUUUAGCACCCAUGGGUCGCAGCAGCGGUGUUAGUCUACUUACUUUAUGGGAGAAUAAAGUAUCCUCAGAACAAUCUCGGCGGUGUUUAGAAUUCCAAGGAAGACUUAAAGCAGAGGAUAAUGUCACAAAGUUAUAUGUCAGCCUACAAAAAGAUAAAGACAAAGAUGAGGGAUCACGAAAAAAAACUUCUUAAAUACUUGAAUGCAAUACAGUACUGUACUUGUAUAUAAUUUGCAAAACUUGAUGACUUAAUUUUGUUCUUUAAAAGCCGGACUGAUAAGCUGCCAUGUGUUUGUGAUGAUAGUUGUACUGUACCAGUAUUUAACAGAUAUAUGAAAUUUUUAAAAUUAAGGAUGUUCAAUAUUAGAAAUACAUUUUUCCAAAUUUUUAAAA